AUGUCGGCCAAGUCUGCAGACGCCCCCCGGCCACGGGCUGCCGACCCUAAGAAGGUGCACAUUGCCGAUACCGUCAUGACUCGGUACAACUGGUACAAGCAUGUCGACUGGCUGAACGUCUUCUUCAUCCUGGGAAUCCCCUUCUACGGCUGCGUCCAGGCCCUGUGGGUGCCCUUGCAGUUCAAGACGGCUGUCUGGGCUGUUAUCUACUAUUUCUUUACCGGCUUGGGCAUUACAGCAGGAUAUCACCGUCUGUGGGCUCAUUGCUCGUACUCCGCUCGUCUCCCUCUCCGAAUCUGGCUGGCGGCCGUGGGUGGUGGUGCCGUGGAAGGAUCCAUCCGCUGGUGGGCUCGUGGCCACCGCGCCCACCAUCGCUAUACCGAUACCGACAAGGACCCCUACUCCGUCCGCAAGGGCCUGCUCUACUCACACCUCGGCUGGAUGGUCAUGAAGCAGAACCCCAAGCGCAUCGGCCGCACGGAUAUCACCGACCUGAACGAGGACCCCGUCGUCGUCUGGCAGCACCGUAACUACAUCAAGGUGGUCGUCUUCAUGGGUCUCAUCAUGCCCAUGGCUGUCGCCGGCCUGGGCUGGGGCGACUGGUGGGGCGGGUUCGUCUACGCCGGCAUCCUGCGCAUCUUCUUCGUGCAGCAGGCCACCUUCUGUGUCAACUCGCUGGCCCACUGGCUCGGCGACCAGCCCUUUGACGACCGCAACUCCCCGCGUGACCACGUCAUCACCGCCCUGGUCACCCUGGGCGAGGGCUACCACAACUUCCACCACGAGUUCCCCUCGGACUACCGCAACGCCAUCGAGUGGCACCAGUACGACCCCACCAAGUGGUCCAUCUGGAUCUGGAAGCAGCUGGGGCUGGCCUACGACCUGAAGCAGUUCCGGGCCAACGAGAUCGAGAAGGGCCGCGUCCAGCAGCUGCAGAAGAAGAUCGAUCAGAAGCGCGCCAAGCUCGACUGGGGUACCCCGCUGGACCAGCUGCCCGUCAUGGAAUGGGACGACUACGUCGAGCAGGCCCAGAACGGCCGCGGCCUCAUCGCCAUCGCCGGUGUCGUCCACGACGUGACCGACUUCAUCAAGGACCACCCGGGCGGCAAGGCGAUGAUCAAGUCCGGCCUCGGCAAGGACGCCACCGCCAUGUUCAACGGCGGCAUCUACUACCACUCCAACGGCGCCCACAAUCUGCUCUCUACCAUGCGCGUCGGCGUCAUCCGCGGCGGCUGCGAGGUCGAGAUCUGGAAGCGCGCCCAGAAGGAGGGCGUCGAAUACGUCCGCGACGGCUCCGGCCAGCGCAUCGUCCGUGCCGGCGAGCAGGUCACCAAGAUCCCAGAGCCCAUUCCCACGGCGGAUGCUGCUUGA